AUGGAUCGGCCAGAGCCCCCAGCCUGCACAGCAGUGGGGCAGGAGGAGCGGGAACUGAGGGAACAGGCCUUCUUUUCAUGGGCCGAAUUCAGCUGCUUCUUCGACGCGUGGUGUCAGCGGCGGCUUGCGCUGUUCUUCGUCAAGAGCUCCAUGCACCUGGCGCGCUGCCACUGGGCCAGCGCGCCCUCACUCUACUCGCUCAUCGACGUGCUCAAGUAUAGCUACGUGCGGCUCGUUUGCAAGGACGUGCGCGCGCCCAGCCGGCCCGCCGUGGGGCCCCCCAAGCCUGGUUGCCCAGCCUUCAUCAUCAUCAAGCUGAGCCCGCUGCGGGACCGCCUUGUGGUGACGGAGUGCCAGCUGACCCACUCGCACCCCACCUGCCCACUUGAGUUCGCCUACUACUUCCGCCCAGGCCACCUGCUGGCCAACGCCUGCCUCCCUGUGCGCACUACCAACAAGAUCUCCAAACAGUUUGUGGCCCUGGCCGACAUACGCCACCUGCUCUCCUACUGCAAGAGCCGUGACCACAGCGUCCUGGACGCCCUCCACGUGCUUGAGGAGCUCUUCCGCACCGACCCGGAGGCCAAGGUGAAGCUGGUGUUCGUGGAGGACCAGGCCAUGGUGGAGACCGUGUUUUUCCUGACGUCUCGCACUCGGGCACUGCUGAGGCGCUUCCCGCGCAUGCUCUUGGUGGACCAACUGCCGGGGUUGCAGGGGUCGCUGGAUCUGCUGGUGGUGCUGUGCGUGGACAGCGCGGGGCGCGCGCGCCAGGCCGCCUGCUGCGUGGCGCGCCGGGGCACGCCGAGCCUGCUGCGCUUCGCACUGGCCUCGCUGCUGCAGAGCGCACCAGAUGUCAAGGACCGCGUGCGUUGCCUGACCGCCGGGCCCGAGGUGGCGGGGCAGUUGCCCGCCGUUCGCGAGCUACUGCCCGGCGCGCGCGUGCAGAUUUGCCGCGCGCAGGGCCUGGAAACGCUGUUCAGCAAAGCGCAGGAGCUGGGCGGUACAGGCUGCGAGGACCCGGGCCUGUGGCCGCGCCUGUGCCGUCUAACCGGCGCCGCCUCGCCCACUGCCUACUCGGAAGCGCUGGCGGAGCUUCGCGCCCACGGCCCGGCCGCUUUUGUUGACUACUUUGAGCGCAACUGGGCGCCGCGCCGCGACAUGUGGGUCCGCUUCCGCGCUUUCGAAGCGGCGGGAGGCCUGGACGCCUGCGCCCUGGUGCGUGGCCACCGCCGGCGCUUAUUAUGCCGCCUCAGCCCGUCACUCAGCGAGGCACAGUGCCUCCGAGACCUGGUGGCCAUGCAGUGGACCGACGCGGCCCUGGAGUCGGCGCCCCAGGUUCCCGAUGGCGGGGGCCAGUGGCUGGAGGGCGAGCUGAGGAUAGGGACCCAGGUGUCAAGCCAGAGGAUGAAGGGUUUGGAAACAGGGGGCUGGGGAGGAGCUAUGAAGGAAGGAAUUCUUUGGAGAGGGGCCCCAUUGGAGGAGUGGGAGAGAGGGCUGGAGACCCGGAACCUGGGAACUGCGCGAUUAGAAAGUGAGAAGGGGAGGGGCUUGCAACUCAGAGAUUGGAGAAGGCUUCAGUUGGAAACCCCCAAGGUAAGAGGGCUGGCUCCUAUGGAGAAAGAGCAUGUGAGAGCCCCAGAAAUCAGAGACUGGAGAGGGGCCCUCUUGGGGGGCGAGAAAGACUGGGGGACGGAAGAUUACCUCCAGAGGGGGCGCCAGCAGGAUAAACAAGAACUGAGAGGAUUGGAAGUAUAUGCCCAGUUGGAAGAGCGAAAGACCAGGGCCCCGGAAACCACAGACGGUAGGGCAACCCCGUGUGAGUACCAAAGGGCCAGGAGUCUACAGGGGAACACGUGGAGAGGGAUCCAGUUGGAAGAUCCAAGGAUCGGGGUGCUGGAGACCACAGAAAGGAACCCCUGGAUCCAGUCGCAGGAUGAAAGGUCCAGUAACUUGAAAACCAGAGACUGGAAGGAAUCACAGCUGGAGGGGGAAAGGAGGAGAGGAAUAGAUGUGCGAAAUUGCAGAGGAGGCCAUUUGGAGAAGACUCAGAUGGUCCCUGAUAAUGGAGACCCAAGGGGGCCCCUGUGGGGAAACGAGAGGAGGAGAGGACCAGAGAUUGGAGAAGAGAGCGGAGUGGGUCUGGACGUCAGAAGCAAGGGACUGGAGGACAUGGUUCUGGUUCAGCUGGGGGAUGCAAGGGUUCCAAGCCUGGAGAAUGGAGAUGAAGUGAGAACCUGGCCUAUGAACCCCAAACACAGAGCAGGAAAAGGGGUAGAGUGGAGGGACUCUGGAGAAAAAUGUUCAGGGCUGGGGAAUGGAGUUCUGUCCAGCAUGCCCGUAGGGGCUGUGUUUGAGGGGGCUCCAGAAUGGGUGGUGUCUAAGAAGGUGUACCUCUCAGAUGGAGGUGGAAGAGACAGGCCAAAGGAAUCAAAGAGGUUGUCUUGCCCACCUGGAGAAGAAGUGGACUGGGAGCCCCUAGCCAAGUUCCGAGCAGCCUGUGGGCCAGAACUGGCUAACCUUGUGGCAGAAGAGCUGACCUUUGCCAGGCAGCAUGGGACCCAGGGUUUCCACUGGUCGGGAGCAGGCUUUGCCCUCAAAGAUGGCACCUCGGACUUCUUCCUGGAUGCAGCCUUGACCCGAUGCAGCUGUUCCAUCCACGCUGCCCGGCGUCUGCCCUGUCGCCAUCUGUUUGCUGCACGCCUCCUCACCGGGGCAGCCUUAUUCCACAUGGACCUGCUCAGGGAUUGCUGGGGCAGAGCCCCAGAUCCCUAA